AUACGAUAGUUAAAAUCAAGGUCGUUAGAGAAACCGAAAAAGAUGAUUUAUUAGUAGUAUGGGCUAUCGGUUCUUAUCCUGUUGGAGAUGAAGAUAGUGAGAUUGAGUUAAUUUUAUUUGUGCCAGUAAAUUUUGAAGAGAGAGAUCCUGAUUCGCAAGCGAUUUUUCAAAAGGAUGAAUACUUUUCUGUCGGAGGCAAAAUUGUACCUGAUCGUUAUAAUAAUAGUAUAAGGCCAAG